AUGAAUCCCGAAUCCAAGCUGCUCCUCGAGAAGCUUGACAAGCGAUUCGCCGCCACCGACAAGCGCUUCGACGGGAUAGAGCGUCAGAUCCAGUCCAACCACGACUCCGCCUCUACCCGGAUCCUGGCCUUGGAGCAGGCCACCAAGGUCUUCGACGAGUGGCGCCCCAGCAUCGAAGGCGUCGUCUAUGAUCUGAAGAUUGAGGUUGGCAAGCUCUCUACGAUGAAGAUGGAGGUCGGCAAAAUCACCAAGUACUAG